AUGACGAUUCGUCGAUUCGACUGUGGCACAACACGAGCGAAAGCCUCUGCACACUUUAAUGCAACCACCAAGUUCUUGGCUCGCAAUGGGCGUAGACCUGGGCAAAUCCCAGCGGUCUCCAAACGAGCCGCUGUCACUCCUGCGAUUACUAUAGAUACCUACCUCCAUCUUCUGACGACAACAGCAGCAGCGGGCACCUUGACGCCAGACAUGGCCACUGCGCAAGUCGCCGCGUUAAACAAAGCUUACAAUCGCAUUGGAAUCACUUUCAACCUCGUCAACGUAUCCACCACCGUCAACGAUACAUGGGCAAUCGCGGACGGCACCGCCAUGGAUGAUCUCAAAAAGGCACUGCGCGCAGGAAGCUACCGAGACCUCAACCUCUACUUCCACUCGGACCCUGCGGGCGGAAUCCUCGGCACGUGCACUUUACCCUCCCAAGUCACAGCCCAAACGACGGCAGCCGAGUACUACACCGACGGCUGCAACAUCAACGGCCACACGAUGCCCGGCGGCUCCCUGACGGGCUACAACAUGGGCAUGACAGCCGUGCACGAAACGGGCCACUGGCUCGGUCUCUUGCAUACAUUUGAAGGGUAUUCGUGCGAUGGCGAGGGCGAUUUGAUUUCGGAUACUCCCAUGCAGUCGACGAGUACGGAUGGUUGUCCUGCGAAACCUCCUAAGGAUAGUUGUCCCUCUAAGACGGGAGUCGAUCCGAUUCAUAAUUAUAUGGAUUAUUCUUCGGAUGCGUGUUAUUCGCAGUUUACGCCCGGCCAGGUUGCGAGGAUUCAGAGUUUGUGGGGGACUUAUCGGGAGGGGUUUUGA